UCUGGCUUUUAUGCUUGAAUUAAGUGCUUAUAGAAGAUUAGCAAUUAUUAAGUGGGAAAAAUGGGAGCAAGAGGAAAAAAGGAGUUGUUUUACAUUUUCUUUUUUAAAUUACAUUUUUCUAAUUUUGUAAUUUAAUUAAUUACCAAAUCCCUGCCAAUCCUGCUAUACAUCCAUGACCAAUAUAUCUAUUCUAUGCUCAGAAGAAAAAAGGAAAAAGAAAAAGCCCCACCACCACCCUCUACCCAAUAACAGCUGCUUUGCUUAAUUUUGUUUAUGGUGGUUCAGAGAGACCCUUUUGGGGAGGGAGAGAGAGAGAGAGAGAAAGAGAGAGAGAUUUGGGAUUUUAGAUUGAAGCAGAAGAUAAAAUUAUGAGAUUCUCUCCCUGGGACAUUCCUCUUCUAUCCAAUUCAUAUACAUAUUCAAACUUCCAAUGUUUUCUUCAAUCUGUCACUCCCACCAUUCAUGUUCCCUCAAAGACAAGUAGUACAGAAGUGCUAAAUGAUGAUGAUGAUGAUGAUGAAGAUCAGAGAGUGGGUGUCGCUGAUCAGGACUUCUCCUUAAAUGAGCUUUGGAAAUUGUACGUUGAAUGGAGUUUGUUUGGUGUUGGGGUUCCAAUUCUCUUGAAUAAUGGUGACAGUGUCUUACAGUAUUAUUCUCCAUCCUUAUCAGCUCUCCAAUUUUAUACCAAAAAGCCAUUCAUUUGUUCCACUUCCAGGAGGGUGUUGGCAAAACAGGAGAGUAGCGAGUCAUGGAGUACCGAUGACAGUGAGAGUAGUAGCGAUGAUCAAAUUUCAGUGUCUUUGAGUAACUACUCAAGUAGGAACUCAGACAUCACUUCUACUUCAGAUGAUUUUAUUCAUGACCGUCUUCAUGACCACGAACAUGAACACGAUCAUCAUGAUCAUCACAAUCAUGAUCGAAAUACAGUUGAUCACUUUGGCCAUCUGUAUUGCCAGUACAAUGAGACAUCCAGUCCUCAUGAUAGACUUCCUCUUACUGAAAAGAUCAAUGAAUUAGCUGAGAACUAUCCUGGUUUACUCAAGUUUCAAAGCAGAGAUCUUUCUCCUUAUAGUUGGAUGGCUAUAGCUUGGUACCCCAUUUAUCAGAUUCCAUUAACAAAGAACGUGAAGGGAUUAUCUGCAUGUUUUCUUACAUAUCACACUUUUUCUUCCUUACAAGGUCCCAGUAGCAUGGCAAAGGAAGAUGAGAAGUACUUUAAAUGCACUAGUUUAAUGGAAUUAUGUGAUGAAGGAGAAAAGUUUACAAUGAAAGAAGAAGAAGGCAGUGGAACAAGUUUUUCUCCAUUUGGAGUGGCAACUUAUAAGAUGUUUGGGGAGCUUUGGAUAAACAGCAAUAUAUCGGACGAAGAGAGGGUUGGCUCUUACCUCAAUGCUGCAAAUUCUUGGUUGAAGCAACAUAAAUUCCAACAUCAUGAUUUUAACUUCUUCAUGUCUCGUAGGUACUUUUGAUAUUAUGUUUAAUUUCAUUGAUUAGAGACUUCUAAUCAACUUGGGGGGUCUGUUCGAGUCCGUUCCUUGUACCAAUAUAUUUGACCAAGUUUUUUUGAAAAACUACCCUAGCGGUUAAAUAGGUAUACAAAAAUGAAAAGGUACUCUAAUAAGGGAACAAUACUUUAAUAAGGGUUUUAUCGCAGUUAGAUAAGAUACAAUUAACUAUUAGGAUGUUUUGUCAAAAAUCUUGGUCAAAUACCUUGGUACAUGGAUAGAAGACAGAAUUUUUAGCUUAUGAUUAAUUAUCAUUAAUCAUAUGUUAUCAACAACAUUUAGAGCUAAAAAAAAAUUUGAUUUGGGAUAUAACUAACUAGCUUAAUUAAUUAGUUGUGUUAAUUUUACUAAUGAACUUAUGAACGAGAUAUGUAAAUACAGCAUGUAAGAUGGAAUAUGUAUC